CCUCCUCCUCCUCCUCCUCCUUCACCACUAAUACACAUAACAUAAAGACGAUCUGAUCUCGACUUACUCCUGCAUUAACAGCAUCCAUCAGCGGUUCAGUUCCUCUCUCCUGUGUGAUUCAUCUUUCAAACUAGCUAUCAUGGUUUCCCAUAAGGAGUUUGCGGGUGCAGGGAAGGAGCCGGGACUGCAGGUGUGGCGUAUUGAGAACCUGGACCUAAAGCCAGUUCCUAAGGGCCUGCAAGGCAGCUUCUACACCGGAGAUGCCUACCUGCUGCUCUUCACCACCGCAGCCCCUUCACACAACAUACACAUGUGGCUCGGCGAUGAGUGCUCACAGGAUGAGAGUGGUGCUGCGGCCAUCUUUGCUACACAGUUGGAUGACUUCCUGGGUGGUGGGCCGGUGCAGUUCAGGGAGGUGCAGAACAGUGAAUCCAACACCUUUGUGGGAUACUUCAAGUCAGGCAUCAAGUACCAGAAAGGAGGAGUGGCCUCAGGUUUUCAGCAUGUGGUGACCAAUGACAUGAAUGUGAAGCGCCUGCUUCACAUUAAGGGUCGGCGGGCCAUCAGAGCCACAGAGGUGGACAUGUCCUGGGCCAGCUUCAACAAGGGAGACUGCUUUAUUGUUGACCUGGGAAAGGAUGUCUACCAGUGGUGUGGCAGUGAGUGUAACCGCUUUGAAAGGCUGAAGGCCUCUGAGGUCGCCAUCGACAUCAGAGAUAAUGAAAGGAACGGCAGAGCUAAGCUGCACAUGGUGGAGGAGGGGGAAGAGCCAGCAGACAUCAUACAGGCUCUGGGGCCCAAAUCCACCAUUGCCCCCAGUACUCCUGAUGAUAACAAGGUGGACACAGCCAACAGGAAGAAGGGUGCCCUCUACAUGAUUUCUGAUGCUUCUGGUUCGAUGAAGGUGUCAUCUGUGGCACCAUCCAGUCCUUUCAAACAGGCCAUGUUGUCUCCUGAGGAGUGUUACAUUCUGGACAACGGGAUCGACAAUAACAUCUUUGUGUGGAAAGGUCCCAAAGCCAACAUGUCAGAGCGCAAAGCAGCCAUGUCAGCAGGUCAGCAGUUCAUCAAAGACAAGGGAUACUCCAAAAGGACGCAGAUCCAGGUGCUUCCUGCAGGAGCAGAGACGACUCUGUUCAAGCAGUUCUUCAGUGACUGGAAGGACAAGGAUGAGACCACCGGCCCCAGUAAGGCCUACAGUAUUGGCCGCAUUGCCAAAGUGAAACAGGUGCCCUUCGAUGCCUCCACCCUGCACUCUAACAAGGCAAUGGCAGCUCAGCACGGCAUGGUGGACGACGGCAAGGGCAAGGUCCAGAUCUGGCGUGUCGAAAAUGGCGAUAGGGUGGCAGUGGAUCAGUCUACCUACGGUCAGUUCUACGGCGGAGACUGUUACCUCAUCCUCUACAGCUACAGACAGGGAAGCAGGGAGCAGCACAUCAUAUACACCUGGCAGGGGCUGAAGUGCACUCAGGAUGAACUGGCAGCCUCAGCAUUUCUUACAGUAAAGCUGGAUGACUCAAUGGGAGGAUCCCCCGUUCAGGUGAGAGUGACUCAGGGCCAGGAGCCUCCCCACCUGAUGAGCCUGUUCCAGGGCAAACCCAUGAUUAUCCAUAGCGGAGGAACAUCACGUAAAGGUGGACAGGUGCAGGCUGCCAACACACGCCUCUUCCACAUCCGGCAGAGCUCCUCCCGUGCUACGCGUGCUGUAGAGGUUGAGGCUUCUGCCUCCAAUCUGAACACCAAUGAUGUAUUUGUGCUGAAAUCUCCCAGCGCCCUGUUUGUGUGGCGGGGCGUGGGUGCCAGUGAAGAAGAGAUGGCAGCUGCCAAGCAUGUGGUGGACUCUCUGGGUGGCAGCAGUAGCCAAGUGUCAGAGGGCAAGGAGCCAGCUGACUUCUGGUCUGCUCUGGGCGGUAAGAAGGAUUACCAGACCUCCAAGAGUCUGCAAAAUGUGGUCAAUCCCCCACGUCUGUUUGGCUGCUCCAACAAAACUGGAAGACUUAUUGUUGAAGAAGUACCAGGAGACUUCACUCAGUCAGACUUGGCCACUGAUGAUGUCAUGCUCCUGGACACCUGGGACCAGGUCUUCCUUUGGGUUGGCAAAGACGCAAAUGCAGAGGAAACUACUGGAGCUCCAAAAAUAGCUAAAGACUAUGUGGACUCAGACCCCUCUGGUCGCAGAGGACUUCCCAUCACCACCAUCAAACAAGGAGCAGAGCCUCCAACUUUCAUCGGCUGGUUCCAGGCUUGGGACGUGAAAAUGUGGGAGACAGACCCAUUGGACAGAAUUCGUGCCCGUUUCUGAACACCACACUCCAGACUCUUUCUUCCGCUCUGACUCCUUACAUACCCAGCACUUCCUCUUGCCAUUUUUGUUCAUCUCUUCCUCCCAUCCCUAAGUGCCAAAACCAAAAAGUUAUCACUGUAAUCAGAUUGAGUGGUUGCCUCUAUGCCUUGGUCACGGUGCAGUGCACCGGAUGCAUCAGUAGUCAUAUGAUUUCCUCUUGUAACAUUAUCUUUAAUUGAUAAAAGUGGUGUAUUGAUCUGUUGAAUCCAACAGCUUGUCGCCUUCACAUCUUCAUCUGAUACCCACUGAGGCUAAUGUCACUAAUUUGAAUAAGAACUUGGAGAAAAUGAAAGAAAGCCAUUUUAGACAGCUAGAUAUACUCUCUGUUUCUUUCUGUUCUCUUUCACUGCAGUACACUAGGGUUCAGAGGACACCAUCAUGCUUUCCUUUCUUUCUGUCAGGCUUCACAGGCAUUUCUUUAGUUUACAUUAUUGCUGUUUCUAAAAAUGUUGUGUUUAUCUUUUGGUACUGGAAUGUUGGAAACGUAAUAGAAGUUGCAUGCUGGAUUUUUUUUUUAUCAUACUCUGUGCUUUUGGAUUUUAAAAGGUGUAUAGUGACAUGUAUGCAUGUCCGUUGUCUAUUAUUUGACCCAGAUAUGCUCACAUAGGUCGCUCUUAAAUAAAACUUCCAGAAU